GAGGAAUGGGCUUGUGAGGUUCAGAAGAGGAGCCCUCCCCUGGAACUGGGACCGGAGGCCGUUCAUGUUACAUUCUGGCCGACAAUCUGUCUACGUUCUGCUCAUGUCCUGAGAAGCUUUGUGACGCUGAAUUGAAAGAUGAGGACCCCCAGUCAGGACUCCGUCCCCGUGCCCUCAGCCUGUGGCCAUGGCCCUUGCGACCAGCACCCCCACGCCCAGGACCAGCAGUGUCUCCCUGGGACCCCAUCUUGAACCAACCUCAGCAAAACAGGACGAAGGAGAAGAGGAGAGAAGGGCUUCCAGGACAACAGGCGCAAGGACAGGAGUGUCCCCCAAGACACCAAGACACGUCACAGUUGGCGCCACGAGGAGUGGGCGGGACCCCGGAACCCAGGAGUCCCCAAGGACCUUCCACACCUCAAGGCCAAGAUCCGAAUGGAGGGCAGUUUCACGGAGUCAGCCUGAGUGGUCAGCUUGGAAUGGGACUACCAUGGUGAUCCUGGGCAGGAGAAGCCAUGCAGUGCUGAACGAAGCCUGAGGACAGAGAUUCGGACAUUGUUCACUGCGUUGAUCUUCCUGGCCAAGGCUGAAGACCAGUGACCAGGACAGAAGAACCAUCCACAUUCAGCACUGUUGACAAAUCUCUCCAGGCAGAAGGGAGCUCCACCUCUAUGUGCCCACUGCCAGUGGACCCUGCGCCAGCACCAUGGAGAGAAGCCUGAGGAACGUCCUCGUGGUCUCCUUUGGAUUCCUCCUCCUCUUCACAGCCUACGGAGGUCUGCAGAACCUGCAGAGCAGCCUCUACAGCGAGGACGGCAUGGGGGUGGCGACGCUCGGCACGCUCUACGGCGCUGUCCUCCUGUCCUCCAUGUUCCUUCCACCCAUCCUCAUCAAGAGAUGUGGCUGCAAGUGGACCAUUGUUGGCUCCAUGUGCUGCUACGUGGCCUUCUCCCUGGGCAACUUCUACGCCAGCUGGUACCCGCCCUCCCGGAAACCUCAGGGGCUCGAGCUCUUCCUGUCCCCCAGCAGGGAGGGCUACGGCUGGGCCCUGCUCUCACGGCCUUCCGUCCCUGUGCUGCACGUCUCGCCAGCCCAGACAGUGCUGCGAGGUCACUGUCACGAGGCCAUGGAGACCACUGGACACCGACUGCGGCUGUUUGCUCCUGACCCCGCAGAGGCCACCCCAGAGGAGCACCUUGAGUCCUGUGGGGCCAACGACUGCCUGAUGGCCACAGCGCCCACCAACAGCACCCACCGCCCCUCCCAGGAGCUGAUCUACACACUGCUGGGCAUCUACACCGGGAUUGGCGUCCUGGCCAUCCUGCUGACCGCCGUGUUUCUGGAAGCCACAGAGGACAGUGGAUCCCAGAACGAGGCCGAGACGAAGCCACCCCGCCUUGGCUCCACCUUAUUGUCAACCUUCAAGCUCUUCAGGGACAAGCGCCUGUGCCUCCUGACCCUGCUGCCCAUGUACAGUGGACUGCAGCAGGGGUUCCUCUCUGGAGAGUACACCAGGUCCUUCGUCACCUGCGUCCUGGGCAUCCAGUUCGUGGGCUACGUGAUGAUCUGCUUCUCGGCGUCCACCGCGCUCUGCUCUCUGUUGUUUGGGAGACUCUCCCACUACACGGGCAGGAGGGCCAUCUACGUGCUGGGUGCAGCCACCCACCUCUCCUGCAUCGUGGCCCUCCUGCUGUGGCGUCCACGCUCCUCCCAGAUGGCAGUGUUCUUCCUGCUCCCCGGCCUGUGGGGCAUGGGGGACGCUGUCUGGCAGACGCAGAACAAUGGUGAGUGACCAGAGCCCAGGCCCUCGGCCCCCUUGCUCAGUCACUGGGCAGAUGGCAGGGGAGUGGGCAGCCGCUGGUGUGGCCGUCAGAGCCAGCCAGCCCAGGGCUCCAUCAGAGGCCAGGUGCUUGCGUGGGGAAGGGA